CCAAUCUAAAUUUUGUGAUGCAUAUCUACUUAUACAUAUUCUUUCAAAAAAUCCACUGAAACCCAUUUGAGGUCGAGACCAAACUAACUAACAACAAGGAUCAUUCAUGGCUUGGUUAAGAAACCUCUCAAAGUUUGCCACCAAGAGAGCAUCAUCAUCUCAAAGACCCAAAAACACUGACCCAUUUUGUCUUUUACCCUCCUUCACUUUUCUCUCCCACUUCAGCAGCACCAACACCAUUGAGGAGAAACCUUGUGUGAAGCCUGUUGAGUACAAUUAUUCGGGCUUGGAGCCAACAAGGCCCCAUGAGAAGCCACGUGUGGUGGUGCUGGGUUCUGGUUGGGCCGGGUGCAGGCUCAUGAAGGGCUUGGACCCUCGUGUGUAUGACAUUGUUUGUGUCUCACCUCGCAACCACAUGGUCUUCACCCCUCUAUUGGCCUCUACUUGUGUUGGAACUCUUGAGUUUAGAUCCGUUGCUGAACCCAUUGGGAGGAUCCAACCAGCUAUUUCUAGAGAGCCUGGUUCUUAUUUCUUCCUCGCCAAUUGUACACAAAUUGAUGCACAUAACCAUAUGGUGCACUGUGAGACUGUAACCGAAGGAGUAGAGACAAUAGCUCCCUGGAAAUUCACAAUCUCAUAUGAUAAGCUGGUAAUUGCAUUAGGAUCACAACCUUCCACUUUUGGAAUUCAAGGAGUCAAAGAACAUGCCAUCUUUCUUCGUGAAGUUCACCAUGCACAGGAAAUUCGUAGGAAGCUGCUCCUGAACUUGAUGCUGUCAGAUGUUCCAGGGAUUUCAGAAGAGGAGAAGCAAAGGCUUUUGCACUGUGUGGUUGUCGGGGGUGGUCCUACUGGAGUAGAAUUCAGUGGUGAGCUUAGCGAUUUUAUUACGAGAGAUGUUCGUCAAAGAUAUGUCCAUGUAAAGGAUUACAUCCGUGUCACUCUAAUCGAGGCAAAUGAGAUAUUGUCUUCCUUUGAUGAUCGGCUUAGGCGCUAUGCUACCAAGCAAUUGACAAAGUCAGGAGUUCGUCUUGUUCGUGGCAUUGUGAAAGAUGUUAAACCUCAGAAGAUUGUCCUUAAUGAUGGUUCUGAGGUUCCAUAUGGGUUGUUGGUAUGGUCCACUGGUGUUGGUCCAUUGCCUAUAAUUCAAUCUUUGGAUCUCCCCAAAGCUCCUGGUGGGAGGAUUGGUGUUGAUGAGUGGCUCCGUGUUUCUUCGGUACAAGAUGUGUUCUCUAUAGGAGACUGCAGUGGAUUUGUUGAAAGUACUGGAAGACAAACACUUCCUGCAUUAGCCCAAGUUGCAGAGAGGCAAGGUAAAUAUUUAGCAGCUCUAUUAAACAAAAUUGGUAAAGCAGGUGCAGGCCAUGCGAACAGUGCAAAAGAAAUAGAGUUUGGGGAUCCAUUUGUUUAUAGGCACCUUGGAAGUAUGGCAUCUAUUGGUAGAUACAAGGCUCUUGUUGACCUUAGACAGAGCAAGGAGGCAAAAGGGUUGGCUCUGGCAGGAUUUCUGAGUUUUUUUAUUUGGCGCUCGGCAUACAUCACACGUGUUAUCAGCUGGAGGAACAGAUUCUAUGUAUUUGUCAACUGGAUUACAACUGUGGUAUUUGGCCGUGAUAUAAGCAGAUUAUGAAAAUCUUAAGGUAAUCUCUUGCAGCAUGAUUAAUUGUUGUUCCCCAAGGUUUUAUGGAAUUUUAUUCGGGUUUGGACUUGUUGGUACUUGGUAGGAUCUUUAUAUGACAGUACUUGUGCUUGGUUUCAUUGAGGGUUCUUCAUAGAAGCAAGUAACUAUCAUGAGAUGAAUAUAGUGGACUUGGACAGCAUGGAACUGCAUUAGUUCAUGACAUUUGCCGCAUGUUCCAUUUGAUAAAAACAGUGGCAGAUAAAGGUGGAUAUUGAGGAACGGGCCAGAGGGACAAGGCAAUGAAACUUGCAUCUUGAAACCAAUGCAGACUAUUUGUACACAUUUUUUCUCCUGUAGCUUCUCUCAUCAAUUAGAAAUGUAGCCAUCCUAAGUCUUUUUGUACAUAUUGAAAACCAAGAAAGCAAUUUUCAUUUUCAUCUACUGUUCAUGAGCA